AGGGAGUGUAAACUGUGUUUUGUAUUAUUAACAUUGUUAUUUAUAGAUAAAUAAAGUAAUAAUAUAUUGUGAAUUUUAAGUGAAAAUGCCUAAAGAAUUUAAAUACGAUGUAGUACUUCUUAUUGAAAGUGUCCGUGAUAGACCGUGCCUUUGGGAUAAGUCGUUGGAAAAUUACAAAGACCGCGUCGAAAGGAGAGCAGCUUGGGAAGAAAUAUUUUCAAUUUUGGACGAGGGCUAUGAAGAAAUGUCGCCGGAGAUGAAGAGGACAACGGGUGAACUCAUACUUAAUAAAUGGACAAACAUUCGAGAUACAUUCGUGAAGACCCUUAAGACGAGAAUGGGCAAGCCUAAGAAAAAGUAUUUAUUACAUGAACAUCUUAAAUUUCUUACAAAAAUAACACCAGAGGAUCACUGCAAUCUUGAUGUUUACAAUUCCGAUGUACCCAUAUCAUAUUUUAAAAUAGAAAAAGAAGAAAUAGUAAAACCUAGUUAUAGCAGAAAGAGAAAUAAACAACAAGAUGAAAAUGAAGCGAUCCUACCAAAGAAAUCAUCAGUAUUCGAUGCUAGUAAUGAAAUAGAUUUCGUUGGCGUUGAUGAGACGAACGAUCCUAGGGUUAUGAAUGAGGAUGAAGCAUUUUUUGCGUCCCUACUUCCCACAGUCGUAAAAUACAACGAAGACGAACGAUUAGAAUUUAGAAUGGAAGUGUUGGCUGUAAUGAAAAAUAUAAAAGAUAAGAGGAAAUGUUCCGAAGACAAUUAAAGUAUUGGAAUAA